CAACAUUUUCAUUCAGAUCAAAUGGAUGUUUAUGACCAAUUCAUAGAUCCCACAAGUGUAUCACACUCGGUGGCUUGUAACUUCACAAGCUUGGAGUCUAAAGAUUUAAUUGUUGUUAAAAAUACUCUUCUUCAAAUCUUCAAAGUCAAAAAUGGGAAAUUAGUGUUGAUAAAUGAGUUUCAAUUGAACGGUAAAGUUAUCGAGAUCAAACCAGCAUUACUACCAAACUCGAAAUAUGAUCAAUUAUUGAUCUUAACCAAAUUUGCUAAGUUAUCAAUUGUUUCAUUUGAUUUUGAACACAAUUCGAUUCAAACAAAUUCAUUACAUUACUAUGAAUCUGAAUUUUCAUCCAAAACAAUAAGUCAACUAGAUGAAUCAAGUUUAAGAGUCGACCCAAAUAAUAACUCUUCUUUGGUGUUUUAUAAUGAUAUAUUGGCGUUCUUACCUUUCAAACAAGAUGAGGAAGAAAUUGAAAUUGAUGAUACUAGAAUUUUAGAUAAAGAUCGUGAAAUAUUUGAUAAAUCAAUUAUUGUACCUGUUCAUAAGCUUGAAAGUACAAUAACCAAAAUCAUGGACUGUGAUUUCCUUUUCAACUAUAGAGAUCCAACUUUGGGGAUAUUAUACCGUACAGAUCUAACAUGGGCAAGUGAUUUAUCCAAAAAAAAAGAUGUUGUAAAUUUUGUUGUCUUGUCAUUAGAUUUAGCAAAUGAUUCAUCAACCCCAAUAUUACAGGUUGAAAACCUACCUUAUGAUUUAUGGGAUGUUAAACCAAUGCCAGACCCAAUAAAUGGUGCAUUGCUGAUUGGUUGUAAUGAAAUCAUUCACGUUGAUAACUCGGGUAAUACAAAGGGGAUUGGUGUCAAUCUUUACUAUCCAGAUUGCACUGACUUCAAACUAAUUGAUCAAUCAGAUUUGAAUAUUUUUUUGGAAAACUCAAAAAUUGAAGUCAUUACAAGAAAUGAUGUUUUAAUAAUUGAUGAAUCAGGUAAUUUCUACAAUUUACAUUUCACAAUCGAUGGUAAGGUUGUCAAAGACUUGAAUAUUACUAGAAUCUCAACAAAGCUUCCUAUAAUAAGACCUAUUACGGUCUCCAAAAUUGAUGAUGAUCAUUUAUUCCUUGGUUGUGUUUCAUCUGACUCUGUUGUUUUAACUGUUAAUAAAACUCAACAAGUUCCACAAAAUGGAGACGGUAAGAUCAAAGAAGCAACAACUGACAACACUAACGAUGAUGAUGAUGAUGAUGAUGACGAUUUAUACAAUGAUGAAGAUGAUGCUGGUAACGGCACAAAUCAAAAUGAUGUCUUUAAUUUUGAUUUUUCAAUUCAAGAUUUCUUAUUCAAUGCAGGACCAAUAAGUUCAUUUACCUUAGGUCAAAUCAACUCAAAUCCAUUUGUACAAGGUUUGGAAAAUCCUAAUAAAAAUGAUGUCUCUAUAGUUACUACAUCAGGUGAAGGUGAACAAGGUGCUUUAACUGUUUUCAAACCAACCAUUCAACCAAUAAUACAUUCAACUUUGAAGUUCAGUAAUAUCAGCAAAACAUGGAAUAUACUGAACAAAUAUUUAGUUACAACAGAUUUAUCUAAUUUUAAAAGUGAGAUUUUUUUGAUCAAUGAAAAUUUCAAAAAUUUCCAAAGUUUUGAUUUCAAAAACAAUAACAUUACUAUAAAUAUUGAUACAAUUCAAUCCAAGAAAAGAAUUUUACAAAUAACCUCAACAAAUGUUUAUCUAUUUGAUUUGAAUUUCAAAAAAUUGUUGCAAAUUAAUUUUGAUUUUGAAAUUAUAAAUGGUAAAAUCUUUGAUCCAUUUAUUAUUUUAACAAGUGCUAAAGGUGAAGUGAAAAUUUUUGAAAUGGAUCCAAAGGGUAGAAAAUUGAAUAAAGUCAAAGUACCCAAGUUAAUCAGCGAUUUGAUUAUCACUUUUGCUACAAUUUCAUCAACUAAAAUAGUAAAUGGUUUCAAUAAAAGGGGUGCUAAAAGAAGCUUGGACAAUAAUCCGAUUGAAAAUAAAAACAUUGUGUUUUUGGUCACUACAGUCAAUAACCAAAUUUUGGUUUUUGAAAAAAAUCAUAAUGAACAAGUUUACCAAAUUGAUCAAAUUAAUAAACUGACAGAGAUUGCCAAUUUUAAACCUUAUGAAGAAGUUAAAGGUUUGAUACCUGAUCCUUUCAUCAAAGAGAUUGAAUUUACAGAAAUUGGAGAUGAAGUUCAUAAAGAAGAAAUUUUGACAAUUCUUACAAUUGGUGGUGAAUUGAUUUUAUACAAGAUUUUCAAAAAUUCAAAUAAUCAUUAUGAUUUCCAAAAAAUUGAAAACUUGAAUGCAAUAACUGGUGCUCCGGAAAAUAUUUGGGCUGAAUCAACAAUAAUUGAAAGGAAAUUAAUAAAGUUGAAAAUCAAUAACAAAGAUGUUAUAUUUGUCACGGGGAAACAACCAUAUUUGAUUUAUAAGGAUCCAAAAUCUCAACCUAAAUUAUUCAAAUUCACUUCAAAAUCAGCAAUUUCAUUUUGUAAUAUCCAUGAUGGUUCAAAUAAAAAUUUUGAAGGUGGUGAACAUGGUGAUGAUUUAAAAUUUAUGUAUAUUGAUGCAGAUAAAAAUGCUAGAAUUUGUUCAUUACCAUUUGGCGAAAAUUUCAACUAUUCACAAAAUUUAAGUAUUGAAAGAUUCCCAUUGGGUCAAACAGCUAAUAAGAUUACAUAUCAUGAAACUUCAAACUUAUUUAUAGUUUCUACAUUUGAGGAAGUUCCAUAUAAUGCAGUUGAUGAAGAAGGUAAUGAUAUUGUUGGAAGUGAAAAAGAUAAGCCUAGUGCUAAGAAUUUCAAGAGUUAUUUGAAACUAAUUAAUCCAAUAAAUUGGGUUGUUAUUGAUGAAGUUGAGUUAGAUGAGAAUGAGGUUGUUAAUGAUGUUAGAUCAAUCUAUUUAACCAUUUCAUCACGUUCCAAAAAGAAGAAAGAAUUUAUCAUUUAUGGUGUUGGUAAAUAUAGACUAGAGGAUUUAUCAGUAUUUGGAAGUUUCAAGAUUAUUGAUGUGAUUUCAAUUGUUCCAGAUCCUACAAAACCUGAGGCAAAUUUCAAAUUUAAAGAAAUUUUCCAAGAAGUGGUUAAAGGUGCAGUUACUACAAUUACUGAAAUCAGUGGUAGAUUUUUGGCAGGUCAAGGUCAAAAAGUUAUUAUAAGAGAUUUACAACAAGAUAAUAGUACUGUCCCAGUUGCAUUUUUAGAUUGUGCUACAUACAUUUCAGAUUCCAAAAGUUUUGGUAAUUUAUUGUUGAUUUCAGAUUCAAUGAAGAGUGUUUGGUUUUUAGGUUUUGAUGCUGAACCUUAUAGAUUGAUAUUGUUGGGUAAAGAUUUACAAAGGCUAAAUGCAAUUUGUACUGAUUUCAUUGUUGAUAAUGGUGAAGUUUAUUUCUUGGUUGCAGAUGAUGAAUUUAAUUUACAUUUAUUGACUUAUCAACCAGAUGAUCCGAAAUCUUUAUCAGGCCAAAGAUUGUUGAAAAGAACAACAUUCACUACAAAUACAUUGACUACUGCAUUAAAGAUGAUUCCAAAAUAUGAAGAGUUCGAUCAAGGUACAGCAUCAUCAAGUUUCCAAAACAUUGGUGUUAAUGUUGAUGGGUCAAUUUUCAAGAUGUUACCAAUCAAUGAAAGUACUUAUAGACGAUUAUACAUUCUACAACAACAGUUGAGUGAUAAGGUUGCACAUUAUGUUGGGCUAAACCCUAGAUCUAAUAGAUUUGGAGGUAAUGAACUAGGUUUGAAACCAAUUAUUGAUUAUGGAUUGAUCAAAUGGUUUAUCAAUUUCAAUGUUGAUAAAAGAAAACAGUUCAGUGCUAAAGUCGGGAAGAACGCAUACUUGGAGCUUUGGAGGGAUUUCAUAGAGAUUGAGAACUCGAUUAGAAAUCUUCAGUAA